UCUUCUUUUAAUUCCUGGAUUUCUUAUUUAUUCUCCUUGCUUUUCCCGAAUUAUAUAUAUUAUUCUUUCGACGGGGCGGAAGUGUUUUGGUUGGUAUUCUCUCGAACUACGAGCAUCUCCAAAGAUCAUUUAUGGGUUUUUUUUUGGUUUUUGUUAUUAUUAUUUUUUAUCAUCUGAUAGCACAAUUUAUUCCAUAUAUUAGAAUCAACUUGGCCUGGUUUACUGAUAAACUUGGAAUUCAUAAAUUCUGGUACCGAUAUUCCACGAGGAAUUUGAUUCCUGUCGUAAUUAUACCUGCACAUAUUUAGGGGUUGUUAUUGAUCAUCUUCGUAGAGAGAUAAGAGCUCCUCCAUUUCCGUCCCUAACAUUCACUUUCUGUCUUACCCAGGACUCAUCCAUCAAUUGUAGGAUUAAACAACUAGCUAGUUUUAAUAGUCCACUUCUGUACAAUUCCAAUCUCUUACGCAAUUGAUUGCAUGACCCACACUGUAAAACUGGUCACUGUUUCUUAGUAAUGUAUAUAUUAAUUGACUUAUCUGUCUGUUUUGUCUUUUUGUUUGUUUUUUUUCCUUUCCCGAGUACACAAAUGUAUGAAUGUGGGAUUGAACUUCUGACCUCUUGUGCUCAUGUUUGCGUUUGUAUUGCUUUUGCUCAAAAUAAAUGUGCUUUACAAAUGAACGUUCUAAGCUUCAUGAAUGCUUUACAUAUCCAAAAAGAAGUAAAGCCGCGAAUCAGGCUAAUUAGAAUAUUUCAUUUUGUAAUUAGUAAAGCUAGCCAUAUUGCAACGGCAUAGCUAUAUUUCAUUUUGUAAUUAGUAAAGCUAGCCAUAUUGCAACGGCAUAGCUAGUUUAGGGGUUCAAAGGUGGCGUUUAAUCAAAGCGAUAGAAUGUAAGUCUCCGAGGUUGAGAAUAAGGGAGACACAAUUGCGGAGUUGAAACAAACACACUUGCACACAGAGGGGAACGAUCAAACAACUAAUAUAAUCAAAAGACAUAUUGAGCAUCUUUCUUCCCAACCAAAACCAUUUAUUACUUAUUUGCAUGAGAAACCUUUUGCGUUGGAGGCAUUUUCAAAAGGUGCAUGGGGGAGAGGUGCAUUUCUUUAUUCCGUACUUAUAAUUGCGGUCUGUAGUCAUCAGGGGCCUGUUUUGCUUGGUAGAGUAUUGGAUUAUGCAGCAGAGCAUACGGCGGCAUCUUUUACUCGCAGCCAGAUACUACUCCAGAAUUUCUCCUCCACCACCUGCAUAUGCUAAGCCUGUCAUUAGAGUUUCCAACAACAUAGCACAGUUGGGUAGUCCUAAAGAGGGCCCAAAGCCUCGGCAGCUCCUAUCAUUGCCCCCAUUUCCUGGUUACCCUUUGCCUCGGAAGAAUCAUAUCGGUAUAUCUGGGGGGUCAACUCAUGUCACUGCCAUAAAUUGGGUCAAGCACUAUUUUGAUGAAAUUCAUGAUUCUGUAAUUCAGUCCCAUUUCAGAAAAGAUCCAGGUGGAAUGUCCACAAUCGGGUGGAUCAAAUGGAAAAGGAAAUUUGAAACCUAUGAGAAAGAUGAUUUUCAGAUUAAGAGUAAUGAGAUUAUGGAAACUGGGGCAAGAGUCCAUAUACCUGUGUCAGUUGCGGAGAUGAAGAUUUCUAGGAGAUUUGACACUAUACCAAGUGGUACAUUGUACCCAAACGCUGAUGAAAUCAAGUACUUGCAAAGACUUGUUAAGUACAAGGAUUCUGCUAUUAUUGUGUUAAACAAACCCCCCAAACUGCCUGUCAAGGGGAAUCUUCCAGUUCAUAAUAGUAUGGAUGCAUUGGCGGCUGCAGCAUUAUCUUAUGAUUAUGAUGAGGGUCCCAAGUUGGUUCAUCGUUUGGAUCGAGAGAGCAGCGGGAUCCUCUUGAUGGGGAGAACAAAAGAAAGUGUAGCCCACCUGCAAUGGCUAUUUAGCAAUAUAAGAAAUGCAAAAUCUUCAUGUAAGGCUUGGGACGAGGCAUGUAAUGCAACAUAUCAGAAGUAUUGGGCGUUGGUAAUUGGUUGUCCAAGGGAAAGAGAAGGCCUAAUUUCUGCUCCUCUGUCUAAGGUGCUUCUUGACGAUGGGAAGACCGAGAGGGUCGUCUUGGCGAGUAAAACAUCCUUGGAGGCUUCUCAGGAGGCAAUCACUGAGUAUCGCGUGCUUGGUCCCACGAUAAAUGGUUGUUCAUGGAUUGAACUGUGUCCCCGUACUAGCCGAAAGCAUCAGCUUCGGAUCCAUUGUGCUGAAGCUCUGGGCACACCUAUUGUCGGUGACUACAAAUACGGUUGGUUUGUACAUCGGACGUGGAAACAGAUGCCACGUGUCGAUGUUGAGCAGAUAAGUGGGAAGCCGUACAAGUUGCGGAGGCCAGAAGGGCUGGACGUGCAAAAGGGGAGUGUUUUAUCCAAGGUGCCAUUGUUACAUCUUCACUGCAGAGAGCUUGUUCUUCCCAAUAUUGCAAAGUUUAUCGACGUUUUGGUUAAUAAGAGGUCGAUCAGCCAGCACCCAGUAUCUAGCUCGAACUCGGAUCUCUUACGUUUUGUAGCGAGAAUGCCUUCCCAUAUGAGAAUUAGCUGGAAUUUGAUGUCUUCCUAUUUAGUAUGAAUAACUUUUGAGUUUUCGUAGGAAUAUUUUGCGUAUUCAGCAGGAAAUAAUCAAUGAUUGUAAUGGGUAAAAGGCCUGCCAGAAUCACUAGUUUUUUUGGCUUUUCCAACUUUUUAUUAUUUAUUUGUUAUUUUUAAUAUAAAAUAUAAACAUUCUUGAA